UUGUUUGAUUCACAUUCCUUGGCUCUUCGGCACAUCACUACAGUAUUCUCAACUCUUAUUCUCAGCUAAGAAAUUUCAAUUCUAAAUCUGCAUAUUGCCUUCUUCAAACAUGGAUCGCAAUCCAUCUGAACCAGAAAGAAUAGAUUGGAAAAACCCAAUCACGUGGAUUUCGUAUCUCUACACCUCUUUCGUGUACUAUUUGUGGUUGAUCUCCUCGCAUCUACCACAUCUCCCACAACCACAACGGAUUACCGAUGACAAAUCAACGGAGCAGAUCACCAGAGACGCAGGUAUUCCGCGCACUGAGAUAGUAACACGAGGAGAUGCUACGCAGACAGUUAGACAAGUAGCGGGUCUAGGGGACCCAGCGCCAAAGGAUUCAUCAUUAUUGCCUCCCUCUUCGUCGUUCGUCUAUUGCAACAACUGUCUAACACCUCAUUCGUCUCAGAGGACUUGUUCUCCAGCCUACGUCUCUACUCUCUCAAGACAAAAGUCUUUGACGUUGCUAAAGAAAUUGAAGAAACCCUCAUCAUCUGCUUCUUCCACCACUACCACCACAUCAUCGACUGUAUCUUUCCGUGCACCUUCACGUGCAUCAUCAACGAUCUCCGACGCUUCUACCAUCCGCCCAUCUGAACUCAUUGCUAUCGUUCCAUCUGGUAGCCACGUGUUGCUGCGAGUUCCGAAACUUGAUUGGAAAACUGAAUCAAUUCGAAUCAAAAGAACUAGAAUGAGUGAUUGGAUGGAUGCGGAGCAACGGGAUGUGAUGAGACAAUUUGAUGAAGUUAUAAGAUCAGAAGAAGAAGACGAGAGGACCUCACGAAAAAGGAACGGAAUCUUCAAAGAUGGAUCUGUAAGGAGUAUUGAAUCAUUGGAAUCUAGGAGUCGGUCGAAAGAAACACCAGUGUUCGUUCCACCACCACCUCCACCAACCGACGCUAUGCCAUAUUUGCCCAGACUUGCUGAAUUGAACAAAGGAACCCCAGAUCAAGAAUUUGGUUUUAAUCUUCAUGCUGAACGCGGUCGCGGACAUUUCAUUGGAACAGUCGAUGCAGGAGGAAUUGGUGAAAAAGCUGGACUUGAAGCUGGACAGAGAAUUGUUGGAGUAAAUGGACAAUUAAUUUAUCCAACUACUGGACACAAAGAAGUUGUUGCUCUUAUCAAGAAAGAUACAAUGAAAACAACACUUUUGGUUGCUUCAGAAGAUGUUGAUAAGUAUCAUAAAGAUCAUAACAUUGCAUAUUCAUGGGAUAAUGUUGAAAGAGUUGAUACUCGUCCAGUUAUUAAUGUUGAAACUCAUCAUCAUCAUGAAGAGGUUUCAGUUCCAAAAUCCAAUGGAUAUGAUGUUCCACCAUUGAAUCCACAUAGCAUCCAAGUGAACGAAGAACGUGAAAUUUCAAAGAUGACAACAACAACUAGAACAGAGACAAUCACGAAUUCAAACUCGGCUUAUCAAUACAAGGAAUCAUCGACUGCAUACGAUGCAUAUGCAACUCCACCAGUUGAUUCAAAUGAUCUUAUGGAUGAAGUUUUUGGAAGAGUCAAUCUUCCUGGUGUAACUAUGUCUAGUCACACUGAAGUAUUGCCACCAACAGAUGAUAUUUCAUCAGUUUCUUCAUUGAGUUCUCAUCGCGAAAGUGCUGUUGAUGUUCCAGUUUCUCAUCAGUACGUUCCAUCGUACGCAACGGAGUCUCAUCAGAAACAUGAGCAACACUCUCAAACUCAUCAUCAUCAUCAUCAACACCAACAACCAUCUCCAUUGAGCAAUGGUUCCAGCCAUGGAUAUGCAGCAAGCUCGACUAGUGGAUACGAUGACGAUGAUAUCUAUCAUUUGUCAGCAAGAGAAGCUCGUGAACGUCUUCGAAUGAAGAACCGAAAGCAUCACUUGCACGAGAUGAGCCUUAACGAGAAGUAUCAAUUGGUCAGCAACAUGUAAUCUUUUGCAACUUCUUCUUAUUUUCUUCUAUUUUAUUAUUUUCCAAUUUUCCACACAAGACCAUUCCUACAGUAGUUUCAUUUGUUCACUCCUUUUCUCAAUACAACUUCGAAACAUGACCCAGUUAUUAUAAAACCACAUAUAACAUUUACUUACUUUUUUCCCCCAAUUUUCAUGUAUUUUACCUGUGAUAAGUGUUCCACCAACUAGAUAUAAAAUUUAUUUCCUUCCAUUUCACAAUCGCUCAACUUUACAUUUUUCAGUUCCUUCUGAAAUUGUUUAAUUUUCAGUUAUUUCUUUCAAUGUGCCUUCUGAAGUUUAUCAAUAACGUCUGAAAUAUAUUUAUUAUUCAUUCCAAGUAACUUCAGUUUUUCGAAAUGUCUGUCGGUUGUGCAAUAUUCUUUACUUACACCGUUCAUGUCACAUAAAUAAAGCUAUCAUUUGCGA